AUGAGUGCUUCCGCGUCUUCCGCUUCGGACGAGCCAGCUCGGCUCGAUGCUUCGUGUUCCUGUAACAAGGCGGGGGACGACCUGACACAAUGCCACGGAGACAAGCAGAGCAAGGGCUCACAAAAUGCGCUAGACACGGUGACCGCAGCUGACUCCGAACAAUCCGUCAGCCAAUCAGAUCAGCUCAACGAAUCGCAGUGCGCUGCUCUUAUCAACGGCGAGCCAUCUUCCGCUGUAGCGGAAACCGUGUCUAUCGGUGACUCCGAGACACACUGUAGCGCGGACCGGGCAGCCGGGGGAAUCGGGACCGCAGCGACGGCGGAAAAGGUCACGGCAGCGGAUGGGGGGGCGGAAGGUGUUGCGCAGAGUGCGGGGAGUAAGGAGGCAGAGGAGGGUGCGGGGAGCGCAGAAGAGGGGGACGCGGUAAGCAGAGUGACAGGCGGAAGCGGGCUGGCGGGAAUGGUGGAGCCGAUAGUUGCGGCCCAGGCCGCGGACCGAGUGAGCAGCGCAGGCGGAACCGUAACACCAGAUGCGCCCGCAGAUUGUGCUGCGCCAGGCUCGCCGCGGCGGCCUGAGCUAGUAGAGUCAGACGCAGUCGCCUCUGAUAAUGCCGCUGCAGCUGCUGCUGCUGCGAUCGCCGCGUCGCUCGCAGCAGCAGCAGCAGCCGCCACAACAACCGACGCCGCCACAUCUGCCGCGGCGGGUCCCGCAACUACCGGCGAUAAUAACGCAACCUCGUCCGACGGCAAACCGCCCACCGCUGGCGGCCCCGCCGCUUCCGCCGCCUCCGCUUCCCCCGCGUCGAGCGGUUCCCGCGCGGCAGGCUCCUCGCGGAGUUCGUCGCGGCCGUCGUCGCGGCCGUCGUCGCGGCCGUCGUCGCGGCCGUCGUCGCGGCCGUCGUCGCGGCCUGGCUCGCGACCGUCAUCGCGGCCGUCGUCGCGGUCGUCGUCGCCCGCUCCCGACGAGCCCGUGGUGUGUCGCGUGGCGUGCAUGUCGUCGGCGGGGCAGCAGGACGGGUUUCAUAAGACGAACCAAGACGCGUACUGUUUCAUGCGCACGAAAGACAAAAAAUCGCUCAUCUUUGGCGUGUUUGAUGGCCAUGGGCCACAAGGACAUGACGUUUCCAAGUUUAUCAAGGAACGGCUUCCAGAUAUUCUAAUGGACGGCUCAGAUCUCCUCGUGGACCCCGAGAAGGCUCUAACAGAUGGCUUUCUGGCGGUUCAUGAUGCAGCACUUGAGGAGACCUCGUUCAAUUGCAACAUAAGCGGCACCACAGCGGUGGUAGCUCACCUGUACAAGCAGCGGCUGGCUGUGGCGUGGGUGGGGGACUCGAGGGCUGUGCUGGCGCGGAGACGAGAGAGUGGAGAGCGGGACGACCUGAUGGCGGUACGGUUGUCUGCAGACCACAAGCCCAACAACGAGGACGAGAGGGCGAGGAUAGAGGCCAGCGAAGGCAGCGUGCAGCAGGACGUGGACGAGAAUGGGGACGAUGUGGGGCCGUUCCGGGUGUGGAUGAAGACGGGUCCCAUGCUCGGCCUGGCCAUGAGUCGCAGCCUUGGGGAUAAACUCGCGCACACCGUUGGGGUCUCCGCCACUCCUGAGGUGGUCGUGCGUCGUCGUGACCAAUCAGUCGCCUUCCUGGUGCUCGGGUCGGACAGGAUGUGGGAGUACGUGGGGGACGACGAGGCGAUAGGGGUGGUGGUGGCGGCGGGGAUCAUGCCUUCCUUCACCCCUCAACUCAACCCUAUUCUCCAGCCAACCCCUUCUCUCUGGAAACCAGACUCUACUUCGCGUUAUGUCCUCCUUACCCCUUAUCCCCCCUCUGACCCGUCCCCUAACCUCCCUCACAGGUGGUCGUGCGUCGUCUCGACCAAUCAGAUGCCUUUCUGCUUCUCCGCUCCCCUCUCCUCCCCUCCCUCACAGGUGGUCGUGCGUCGUCUCGACCAAUCAGACGCGUUUCUGGUGCUCGGGUCGGACGGCCUAUGGGAGUAUGUGGGGGACGACGAGGCGAUAGGGGUGGUGGUGGCGGCGGGGAGCAUAGAGGCGGGAGUGAAGGCGCUGCUGGCCUUGGCUAAGGAGAGAUGGCUGACAAGAGAUGGGGCCGGGUAUGUUGAUGAUAUCACUGCUCUUGUCGUGGGGUUUACACACAGGAAGGUAUAG